AUGGUCAUCCUGGAUAAAAUCGUCUCCCGCGCCGACCGCGCCCCGGCGGAGUCGCACCCCGCAGACCCCAAGGGACCUCAAGAGCGCGUCGCUCCAAAUUCAGGUUCGGAUUCCGAUCCCUCCGAUCUGGAUCUCUUCACUCGAAACGAGAAGGAAGUAGAGCAGAACCCGGACAAGGUCACUCAAGAUGCCCAUCUCGGUGUGCAGAAAGCUGAGGCAGCUGCCCUCGUCUGGAGCAGACCGGCCGUCUACGCGACCUACGCCUGGAUCUGGGUGUGCUUCUUCUUGCUCGCUCUUCAGUCUUCAGUUAGUUCUACCGUGAUCUAUAACGCGUACGCCAACUUCUCCAGCGCUCCCCAAGUCGCAACCGCGAAUAUCCUCUACAGCAUCAUCGGCGGCGUGCUGAAACUGCCCAUUGCGAAAAUCCUCAACCUCUGGGGCCGUUCCGAAGGCUUCCUAAUCUUCCUUGGAGUCUACGCCGUCGGGCUGAUCAUUGUCGCCGCUUGCAAUGGACCUGAUUCCUAUGCGGCAGGUUACGUCCUUUUCUGGGUGGGCUACAAUGCCCUCUUCCUCAUCAUGGACGUUUUCAUGGCGGAUACCUCUGGAAUGCGCAACCGAGCGUUCACCUUUGCUUUCUCUCAGACUCCCUUUAUCUGCACUGCCUUCACCGGUCCCCUGGCCGGUCAGUCGUUUCUUGAGGUAGCCAACUGGCGAUGGGCCCAUGGAGCCUUCGUCAUUAUCAACGUUGUCGCCUUCUCGCCGCUAGCCGUUGUGUUCAAGUUUUACCAGAAGAAGGCCGAGAGGAUGGGGCUGUAUCAGCACGAGCCGAGUGGUCGUACCACAAUACAGUCGAUUAUCCAUUACAUCCAUGAGUUUGAUUUGAUUGGUGCUGCGCUGUUGAUGGCUGGUUGGGUUCUCCUGCUUCUCCCCUUCAGCUUGACGAGUGCUGGUCGGUCUCAGUACCAAGAUGCUACAUUUAUCGCCAUGGUGGUGAUUGGCUUCUGUCUCCUCUUUGUUUUCGCCGCAUGGGAGAAAUGGUGUGCCCGUGUUCAAUUCAUCCGGUACGAGCUCUUGAAACAGCGCACUGUGCUGGGAGCUUGCUGCAUGGCUGCGAUUUCUUUCUUCGCCUUCUACUGUUGGGAUCUCUACUUUUACAACUUUUGUAUUGUUGUCUACAACCUCAGCGUGUCGAACGCAGGAUACAUGCUUCAGAUCUACAACGUCGGCUCCUGCUUCCAGGGUGUGCUCUUUGGCAUCUACAUCCGUCAGACCAAGCACUUCAAGUACGCUUGUCUCCUGUUUGGCCUGCCUCUCCUCAUUCUCGGCGCGGGCCUGAUGAUCCAUUUCCGGGGCGAAGACCAGGGUAUUGGCUACAUCAUCAUGUGCCAGAUCUUCAUCGCCUUCGGAGGUGGUACUCUGGUCAUUGGUCAGGACAUGGCUGUCAUGGCCUCUGCCGACAGAGAAGGCGUGCCGAUGAUGCUUUCGCUCCUUGGACUCUUUUCCAGUCUCGGAGGCGCCAUUGGUCAAGCCGUGGGGGCUGCGAUCUACAACAACAGUUUCACCGGUGCCCUCCGGUCUCGGUUGCCCAAUGAUCUCAAGCACAUGGCUGAAGAGAUCAAUAACGGCGGAUACCUUGCGCAGAUGAAUUACCCUGUGGGCGGUGAUAUCCGCAAUGCCAUCAACUAUGCCUGGGGCCGCAGCCAGAUGUACGGAUCCAUCGCGGCCACUUGCCUUCUCGCCCUUGGCAUCCCUGCUAUUGCUGUGUGGCGGAACUACAAUGUCAACAAGAAGCAGAACAAGGGUAUCAUUAUUUGA